UGGACUCCAGCGUACGGUCUUACUGUUUGUGUAAAGCACUUUCCUGCUGCUUGUUUCUGUAAAUAAGUUUUUGUGAAAGCCUACUAUGUCGGUGGUUAUUGAAACCACACUGGGAGACUUAACAGUUGACCUGUUCACGGACGAACGACCAAUCGCCUGCCUCAACUUUAUAAAAUUAUGUCAGCUAAAAUACUACAACUACAACUUGUUUCAUACUGUGCAGCAAGGCUUCAUAGCUCAAACCGGCGAUCCCAGUGGUAUAGGAAAUGGCGGCUCUUCUGUAUGGGGCGUAGUGGAAGGCAUACAAAAACGCUUUUUCGAGGCCGAAUACAUACCGAAAAUACAACACUCAAAUGCGGGCAUGCUGUCGUUGGUCAGUGCUGGAAAAAAUCUAGUCGGUUCCCAGUUCUUCUUUACACUCGGCGAAAACCUAACUUCGUUGGAUGGCAAUCAUUGUGUUAUUGGUGAAGUUGUCGAGGGUCACGAAUUGCUGCGGAAGUUAAACGAUGCCAUUGUAGACGACAAUUUUCGUCCCUAUCAGGAUAUUCGCAUAACCCAUACAGUCGUUCUCGAAGAUCCAUUUCCAAAUCCGCGUGGUUUUCAAGUACCCAGUCGUUCUCCGUCUCCCAGCGCAGAAAGGCUCCAAAAUGGACGCAUCGCGGCAGACGAGGACAUUGAUGAUGCGAACGGCAAAAGCAUGGAAGAAAUGCAAGAGCUAUUGGCAGAACGCGAAGCCAAAGCACGUGCUACAAUCCUGGAAAUUGUGGGUGACCUGCCAGAUGCUGAGAUGGCGCCACCAGAAAACGUGCUCUUUGUAUGCAAACUCAAUCCCGUAACGACAGACGAUGAUUUGGAAAUCAUUUUUAGCCGUUUUGGCAUUGUGAAAGGCUGUGAAGUGAUACGAGACCGCAAGACAGGUGACUCCCUGCAGUACGCUUUUGUAGAGUUCGAAGAUCAGAAGUCAUGUGAAGCUGCCUAUUUUAAAAUGGAUAAUGUGCUUAUUGACGAUCGCCGCAUACACGUGGACUUCUCUCAGUCUGUGUCUAAGGUGACAUGGCGGGGUAAAGGUCGAGGCGUCAUUGGGGAUGAGGGCCCAUUGGACUUUAACAACUUGAGAGAAAGCAAUGGCAAUAAACAUGAUAAUAAACCAAGGAAAAGUGGACAAGAUAGCCGCCGUACUGAUAGAAACCGAAACGACGAAAAGAAAAAGCAAAUUACGACGGAAGAACGCAGAAAGGCUCGUGAGCAACGGCACAAAGAGCAAAAAGACCGCGAAGAUCGUGGUCGACGCAAUAAUUUACAACGUUCAAGAUCAAGGGAAACCAAUUUUAGACACAAUGAAAGAUACGAAAGACGGCGAUCCAGAUCGAAUGACCGAAACGGUCGUAGAAGGCCAACAUCGCCUUACAGAGGUUCUCGAUAUUCACCAGAGCGUAGACGCUUAGAAAAUCCACGCGAUGCAAGCGGUGACAGAUAUCACAGAUCUACACUUAGAACCCAGACGAGCUCACAGAACGACCGACGGCAUGUUGAAAGAAAGUACAAUGAAAAAGCAUCACAAAAUGUCUCAAAAGAUCGAAAGCGCGUCACUGUGGAAGAGGAUCGCUCAUCUAAGAUAAAAUCAAAACGAGCAAAGUCCAGCAGCUCGGAAACUGACGAUUCCUCUGAUGAUAGCGACUCAUCUUCUACUAAUAGCUCCAAUGAAAGCUCCUCAGAUGAACGUAGCAAACGCAAGAAACACAGCAAAUCGAAACAGAAAAAGAGCAAGGCUAAGAGAAAGCACAAGUCAAAGAAAAAACACAAAAAAUAAUGGCUGAAAUGUUUU